GGAGAUUCAGCAACAACUGAAAAAAUCUGACAACUGGUAAAUGCUUUCCUGGAUGAAAGAGGAGAAUCCCACCCAGAUCAGUCUCCACUGCAUCCUCGCCCAAUGGAACCUCCUGUAGAUGAGGAGAGAGCGGGUGACGCUGAACCACUCAGACCUGAUGUUGAACCACUCAGACCUGGUGCCGAACCACUCAGAACUGACGCUAAACCACUCAGACCUGAUGCUGAACCACUCAGACCUGAUGCUGAACCACUCAGACCUGAUGCUGAACCACUCAUACCUGAUGCUGAACCAUUUCAGGCUGAUCCAAGACCAGUAAGGCAGGAACCUGCUGGAAGAUUCGCAGAAAAAGGGGAAGCAUCAUCUAAGGCUCAGCCGUUCCAUUCUGAAGAGUCUGAAGGAGCAUCGGCACCAGGUGGAGCUAGCGACAGCAGAAUUGAAGAUGUUUUCGCUGACAUUGCAAGAAAAUUCACGUCGUUCAUUCAUUUCAAAAUGUUUGCCUUGGCUGGAAAUGGUCUCAGGCUCAGUGCUGGAGAAGUUUCAACAAUCAUUGCAGACAAUCCUGAUUCUGUUGAAGAUAAAAAGUUUGGAAUGCUUGAUCUUUGGAAAGAAAAAAAUGGAUCUAGAGCGUCACCUACCAACAUAGCAGAGGUAUUUAAGCAACAUUUCAGGCAAGAGGGAGGUGGUUUCACUGGUUCAAGAAUCGAGGAUGCUUUCCUAGCAGUUCCUAAAGUAUUCGACAACGCUGCACUGUUCCAAAGAUUCGCAUUGUCUGGGAAAGGUUUAUCGCUCAGUAUGCACGAGGUUGGAAACAUAAAAGAAAAUGCAAAAAAUGUGGGAGAGAGGAAUCUGGAUUUGCUCGUUUUGUGGAAAUUGAAAAACGGAGAUUCAGCAACAACUGAAAAAAUCUGGCAACUGGUAAAGGCCUUCAUGGAUGAAAGAGGAGAAUCCCACCCAGAUCAGCCUCCUCUGCAUCCUCGUCCAAUGGAACUUCCUGUAGAUGAGGAGAGAGCGGGUGACGCUGAACCACUCAGAUUUGACGCUAAACCACUCAGACCUGCUGCUGAACCACUCAGACCUUAUGUUCAACCACUCAGACUUGACGCUAAACCACUCAGACCUGAUGCUGAACCACUCAGACCUGAUGCUGAACCACUCAGACCUGAUGCUGAGCCAUCUCAGGCUGAUCCAAGACCAGGAAAGCAGGAACCUGCGAAGUUGUGGGCGGCUACUGAGGGCCAAGAGCUACUGACACUGUUCUACACGAUACUUUAA